CCAGUCUUUCAACUCGGACACGGAAACCGCCAAAGGAGAGCGGUGAGAAUACGAGCACGGAUACUAUUUCAGAACAACUGCGAAGACGCUUGGGGGAUAAUGAGUAAAUCGCAACUACAACUACACACAACUCGGAAUUGAUUUCCACGUGCAUUAUCUAGCCUACUUUAGGCUACGGCUCAACAGAUUCAGAUUCAGAACAAUUUAUUAACCAAUCAAUCGAACAGGACACAUCUGGGAAACAAGAAACACCUGUCAGCCCAAAAAUGGUGUGGUCUGAUACAAAAGGACAGUGCAGCAUGCAGUAGCAGGUGAAUGCAGUGGGACCAGUGAGAGAGCGAGAGCGAGUGAAGGACCGCAGGAUGGCUCUGUUCAAGCUGCAGAAUGUGGAGGAUUUCUAUGAGAUCGGACAGGUGCUGGGAAGUGGCCACUUCGGGCAGGUGCGGGAGGUGUGUGAGCGCUCCUCGGGCGUGCGGUGGGCGGGGAAGUUCCUGAAGCUGAGGAAGAACGCCAGCAGCCGGCUGGGCAUGGAGAGGAAGAGCGUGGAGAAGGAAGUGGAGAUCCUGCAAGCCCUGCAGCACUGCAACAUCAUGGCCCUCAAAGACGUGUUCGAGAGCAGAGCUGAGGUGGUGCUCAUUGUGGAGCUUAUCGGAGGGGGUGAGCUGUUCGACUUCAUCGCGGAGAAGGAGAAUCUGUCAGAGAACGAGGCGAUUGAGUUCAUCAAACAGAUCCUGGAGGGGGUGGGAUUCAUGCACAGCAAGCGCAUCGCCCAUUUUGACCUCAAGCCAGAAAACAUCAUGUUGUUGGACAAGGAGGUGCAGCACCCGCACAUCAAGGUCAUUGAUUUUGGACUGGCCCACUUUCUUACCCCGGGGGAGGAGUACCGGAGUCUGUGUGGCACCCCCCAAUACAUUGCUCCUGAAGUGAUAAACUACGAGCCCCUGGGCGUUUCAGCGGAUAUGUGGAGUAUAGGUGUUAUCACUUACAUUCUGCUGAGUGGCAUGUCCCCCUUUCAAGGAGAUUCAGAUGAGGAGACGCUAAGAAACAUUGUGGAGAUGAAGUACGAGUUUGAUGAGCAGUAUUUUAACCAGACCAGCGCCAUGGCCAAAGACUUCAUCCAGAAGCUGCUGACAAAGGAUCCAACUGAGAGAAUGAUAGCAGAGCAAUGUCUGCUGCAUCCCUGGAUCAAGCCACUUACACGGAAGCAGAGGGCCAACAGGAGUCGCUCGUCAAUCAACAUGAAGAACUUUAAGAAGUUCAAUGCCAAGAGGAAGUGGAAGAUGUCCUAUAACAUGGUGUGGGCCUGUAAUCGACUCUGCCGGCUGAGGCUGCUCUGUAAAACCAGUGCUUCUCAGGACCAGGAGCUGAGAAAGUGUGAGAGUGACCAGGAGGACACUGAAACCAAGCCUGCCUCCCUCAUUCGUCGCAGACUCAGUAGCAAUUCAUGAAUGUGUCCACAAGGGGGCGGAAAAUAUCCAAAUGGACUCCAUCACCAUACAGGAAUGCAGAGCUCCGAUUGCCCUAGUGUGGGGAAAGAUUGAAGGGAUAUGGUUCAUAUUGUCAUUAAUUCACCAUUAUGCUAUGUCUUGAUUUAUAUUGUGUGAUAUUAAGGGUGAUGUAUGCACACUGGUCAAUAGCAUUACCUAGAUGGGAACACCUAGUCCCUAGCAUGGAGAAAUUAAUGUAUACAAUGGAACUGUUCUCCAAUUUGAUUUAAAAUCAAACUAGCAUCUGGGGAUACUUUGAGAACAAUGGUUUUCUGCAUUGAAGCAUUAUUAUCCAAUGAAUUUACAAUAUUGUGACACAGCUCUGACAGAUAUGUGACAUCUAGUGACAGCUGCUAUAUAAAAAUAUAAAAAAAACAUAAUCUAGCCAGCAUAUUAUUACUGCGUAGAAUACCUUUAAGACUACAACAAGGGAAAAAACUGCAGAACAGUUUAUUCUCUGAAAUGAGUGACCAUCCCAGAACAGGUAUACCCACAGGUCUCAUUACAUUAUGGACAGAAUGGACAGAAGCCAUCUGAAGCGUGAGAAGGCAGUGCAACUUUACAGUCUCUACUAUUUCGCUUUGGCAUGUCAUUAAAUGCAUACUUAACACUGUUUACACUAGGAUUGUUCUCAUUUUUAUUUCAAAGUUACUUGAAAUUAAGUUACUUGAAAUGUAUCAUGUAGUAAAGUUAAUAGUGCUGGGGUAAAGUUGAUAUAGCUUGAGUUGAUUGAAUGAACUCUCUUGAUUCAAAAGAGACCCUUCCAUCAAUAGAAAUGCAUAAAUGAAUGUAGAGAGCUACAGUACCGUGUGUGUGUGUGUGUAUCACAGCCCUUAAGGAAAUUUUAUAUACUGCAUAUUGACUUAAAAAUAUACACUCACCAAGCACUUUAUUAGGAACAUUUUUACUGUGGGCAGAACAGAAUCAGAACUGAAUCAGAAUGGCCAGACUGGGCAAAGCUGACAGGAAGGUGACAGUAAUGCAAAUAACCACACAUUACAACAGUGGUAUGCAGAAGAGCAUCUCUGACCACACAACGCAUCAAUAAGUCUAAAAGAAUAGUACCUAAUAAAGUGCUCACUGAGUACAUUAUCAAGAAAAGUAACAAUUCACAAUAGAUGGAAAUUAUUGCCCCUUUCAGAUUCUGCAGUGUAUAUUCUUUAAAUAGAAUAUUGUGAAAUAUAUUAAUUAUUUUUUAUAAUAUUUAUAUUGUAUAAGUCCACAAAUUUCCAAUAUAUUGCAGUAUAUUUCAUUUCUGUAAAUGGUUACAGCAUUAUUAUACAUGGUUGAUGCAUUUCUCCAGGGCAAAUGACAUGCUAUAGCUUUUGGUUUUUGCAUACUAGUCUAUCUACGCAGCUGAGCAAAGUAACACUUGCAGUAUUGAAGUGUGUUAGUUCAGGACACACUGGUGCUCAAACAAGAAACCCAACCUACAGUCUUCUGGCUUAGUACCAGUUUAGUACCACUGUAUGCCACAUUGUCUCCCAUACCUCCACAAAUGCCUGUGUUUUUAACCUCAGGUCACCUCUCUGGGCCAGGUCCUGUAGGCCUAAUUUAAUGUAUAAUAUCCACCCAACCUCUAAAUAAAGUUAAACUUGAACCAUAACAAAGAUAUAAGGACACAAAAGUAAGUUUAGCAUAGUGAACUGAAGGAAUUAGAUCAUUGCUAAUGUAGUAUUUGGUAAUAUUAAAGUAAAAUAAGCUUGGUUGAACUUUUGCUUCGUUUUGAUAAUUUUGGUAACCAGUAGGUUACAGGAUUUGAAAGUUGUUGAUACAGGAAGAGGAGCACAGCAUUUCCAAAUGUCCCUCAGAUAAAAAAUAAAAAAAAGUAGUUUUUUAGUGUGUGUUUUUAUAUUCUUUUUGAUGUGCCAUUUUGUGUGCAUUACAACCAUUACAAUUUUACAAAUGUGUGCACUGUGUAUUCAAUAAAUAAUUUCUGGUACUUUU